AUGGAAGAGGUUGUGCAGUGGGCAGCCAGUGUGAUGGACCUGAAAGCAGAAGUAGAAAAGAAAGCUCAGGCAGAGGAGAGAGUGAGGAUGAUUGCCUCAGACCUACACUGUGAGAUUGUGGACCUGAGUGGAGAAGAAAAUAUCACGGAGCUGUGCAAAAGGAAAAAAAAGAUUAAGACAACAUACUCACCCGGGUUGUCUACAGAGAUCCCUGUGGUGGGGCAUGUGGAUCCUGCAGAAUUCAUGAAUGCAGCCACUCAAGGCAAACUGAAUGUGAUAGACAAAUAUCUGGCUGAUGGUGGGAACCCUAAUGUCCAUGAUGAGUUGAAGAGGACAGCGCUGCAUCGUGCCUCUCUGGAAGGACACGCCACAGUUGUCCAAAGUCUUUUAGAAAAAGGAGCUGACGUCAACUUCAAAGAUCGACUGGGCUCCAGGGCCAUACACUGGGCCUGCAGAGGUGGAAGCCUGGAAGUUGUCAAAGCCCUGAAGAGCCAUGGGGAUGACCUGAACGUCAGAGAUAAGUUGUACAGCACUCCUCUGCAUGUGGCCACAAGAACAGGCCACACCACCAUUGUGGAGUAUCUGCUGUCCUGUGGUGCCAAAAUCAACUGCAGAGACAGGGAAGGGGACACUGCUCUACACGAUGCUGUGCGUCUCAACAGAUACAAGAUAGCGAAGCUGCUUAUAUUUGCAGGAGCUGACACAAAAAUAAAAAAUCAUGAGGGAGUGACAGCAGUGCAGCAGGUAAAAGAAUGGCAGUUUGACAUCAUGGAGACCCUGCAGAGCAUGGAGAAGCUGAGGGAAGUGGGACUGGUGCUGCCUGAAAACACCAGUACCAAAGAGUGA